GAAUUUAACAGUUUGAGAAGGUGGAGUGUCAGCAUCCUUAGUGCUGACCACUUUCCCAGGCAUAUCAGUAGCCUCUGUCCAUCAUCCAUGCUGGAAGCUACUUGGAAAAGGAGAAACAAAAAUUGGGGAAGGGAAAUCAUGCAUCAUCAUCAUCCUGGUUGGAAUGUACAGAAGACUUUAUGCUGUUUUCAUCAUGUGGAUUCACUAGAGAAAUGACCCCUUUUGAUCAGCCAAGUAAAAUCAAAAACUUGUUUAUUUGCUGCCUGUGGCCCUCACGGGUGCUAAGGCUCUGGACUUGCAGGCGCCCAAGGACAAGGAGGAAUCUGCUAGUGGGCACUGCCUGUGUGAUCUACCUGGGAUUCCUUGUCAGCCAAGUGGGUCAUGUUUUACCUCAGCUCAAAGGAGGACAUCAAAAGAUCGGUUCCAGGAGUCUCCAAGAUGCAGCUCAAACUCCUUUUCUGGGCAUCCCACUGGAUGGCACCCUGUCACCACCCAAUUUCCAGGAACCCCAGCUUGGUAGCAAUGGGACCUUGCUGCCACCCAAUGUAGUUUAUAUCACCCUGCGGUCCAAGCGCAGCAAGCCUGCCAACAUCAGAGGCACGGUGAAGCCAAAGCGCAGGAAGAAAACGGCAAUCCCUUUGUCCUAUGGGCAGCACUUUCCAAAAGCCACUUUUUUGGGCUGGGAAGAGGCCUUUGCCCAACAGCCGGGGAGGGCCACACAUGCUGCAGGCACAACGGGAGCAGCGAUCGCUCUGGAGGCAAGAAAGCACCGACUGGAUGAACACGGACAUAAAGGAAUGGCUAUCAGGGAGAGAGGUCCCCAGAGACCUGGGAGGAUUUCUGGAGCUGUAAAGGCGCAGCUCCAGCCUGAGGAAAGCAAUAUCAGGAUUUACAGUGAGAGCCCUCCCUCAUGGAUGAGCAAAGAUGACAUCCUAAACAUGCGCAUGCUGGCAGAUUCUCCCAUAGAGAGCAUUCAAGAAGUACCUUCACACAAAGCAGUCCUGGUAGUAUUUGCAAGAGGUCCCAGCACUAUGGGAACUGCUUGUAACCAAGGACACUGUGGAAUUGUCAAAAGACCUCUCGACAUGAGUGAGGUGUUUGCCUUUCACUUGGACAGGAUCCUGGGGCUAAACAGGAGCUUACCUUCUGUAAGCAGGAGAUCAGAGUUCUUCCAAGGUGGUCAAGCCUGUCCUGUUAUUCUCUGGGAUUCCUCACUGAGUCCAACAGAUAAUAGUACCCAUUCUUCAGUGAGGUUAACAUGGGGACAAUAUCAGCAGCUAUUGAAGAGGAAAUGCUGGCAGAAUAGUAAAGUUCCCAAAACUGAGUGGGGCUGUACUGAAAUUCAUCAUCAUGAAUGGUCCAAGAUGGCACUCUUUGAUUUUCUAUUGCAGAUCUAUAAUCGACUAGACAGAAAUUGUUGUGGAUUCAAACCUCUCAAGGAGGAUUCCUGCAUGCAGCAAGGACUGAAGCUGAAAUGCAAUGAUCAGGAUGCCAUUAACCUGACUCACAUCAUUCAGAGAAGGCAUGACCAAAGGCACUUGGUCUUUAUAGACAAUAAGGGUUUCUUUGACAGAAAUGAGGACAAUCUUGACUUCAAAAUACUACAAGGAAUCAAUGAAUUCCCUGCAUCUGCAGUUUCAGUUUUGAGGGGCCAGCGUUUACGUGAGAAGUUGCUCCAGUCUUUGUUCCUUGACAAAAUAUACUGGGAGAGCCAAGGAGGCAGAAAAGGAAUUGAAAAGCUUAUUGAUGUAAUAGAAAGGAGGUCCAAAAUUCUUCUUACUUAUAUAAAUGCACAUGGAGCCAAAGUAUUGCCCAUGAAUGAAUGAAACAGUCUUUUUUCCAUCUGAGAGAAAGUCUUUAAAAAAAAAUUUAUGGGGCAGAAACUGACGGUAAAAUUGAUUUAAUUUAUAAGCAUUAUUUUUUCCCAAACUUUCAAGUUUACUUUUAAAUAAGAAAUCUUACAUGUUUUAAAAGCAACAUUUAAAUGUCAGCUGCAGCUCCACACAAUGUAGUCUCUUCUGUGUUACCAGUGAAAUGAAAAAUAACCAAAGGACAAUAUGCAGUAAUAUGUAGGUACCAUGAACACUCAUUUUGUUAAACUGUUUGGAAAUUAGCAACAGGAUUUUCAGUACAUUAGGCUGGAUUGCUCUUACUUCCCUCAUGGAAGUCUGUAGAAGCUUUUAUUGCAAGUUUAAAUGGGAAAAGAGAUGUGUAAGCACUUGAUACAUUGAUGACACUUGGUGAAAAAUAUCUAGUACAGGAAUUUGUUCUUUUAUUAGGUACACUAAAAUGCUAAUAUUUCCAAGGGCUUCUUUUACUUUACUUUUUUUUUUUUUUUUUUAAUAUUUUGAAAGCUGAGAAUUAAAUUCAGAACUUUUAAAUGCAGGAGUGUUUGCACUGGACAUGAGGGAAUUUUAAACACAGAGUGAGGAGAACAUGGCUUUAACAAUAAUAAUUAUUUUGACAAAUACAGUUUUUACUUGUCCAGUAUGGAGUAGAAUUCAUCAUGAGUCACUCAUUGCAAUGUAUUUUUUC